AUCUUGGCUUUCUAUUAAUGUGAACGCCGGCCAUGGCGUUUCCUCCCAUUUCUGGUAGCGAGACGCCCCCUCUUUCUCUCUCUCUCUCGCUUUGCCGCCAUCCUUCUACAGCUGCUGGCUUGUUUCUAGGAAGAAAGGAUAGCGGCAGGCUCUAAGAUCGCUCGCGAUGAAGUCCUCCGCCUCCUUCGGAGUCAAGGCGGCGGACUCCCUCACACGCCGGUGGGUUUCCCCGCUGCUAUUUGUCGGGGUUGUCGCUCUCUCGUUCACCUUGCUCUUCCGCGCUACGUCCCCUUCCGCGCCCUUCCCCGUUUCCCACCUUCGGGCCGAGCUAAGCAGCGCCCCUCCUAUCGCCGACGAGGAGCAAUCGGCCGCUUUCGCCGAGCCCACCGUCGUCGCUUCCGAUCCGCAGCCACAGGAAACGCAGGAGAUGAGGUUGGAGAGGGUUCUGAAGGCGGCGGCGACCGCCGACAACACGGUCAUAAUGACCUCGUUGAACGCGUUCUGGUCCACGCCGGGGUCUGUGCUGGACGUGUUCCUGGAGAGCUUCCGCAUCGGGGACGGGACGAGCGCGCUGCUGGACCACCUCGUGAUCGUCGCCGUGGACGACAAGGCGUACGAACGGUGCCUCGCCGUGCACCGCCACUGCUUCGAUUUCAAGGUCCAGGGGCUGGACUUCUCCGGCGAGAAGGUGUUCAACACGCCGGAGUACCUGGACAUGAUGUGGGCGCGGCUCGAUUUCCUGCGCCUGGUUCUAGAGAAAGGCUACAACUUCGUCUUUUCGGAUGUCGAUGUGAUGUGGUUCCGAAACCCCUUACCCUUCUUUUAUCCAGAUGGGGAUUUUCAGAUAUCUUGCGACAACUUCUUGGGCGAUCCUACCAACAUGAAGAACUGGCCGAACAAUGGGUUCAACUAUGCAAGAUCCAACUACAGAACCAUAGAAUUUUUCAAAUACUGGUACGCCUCGCGUGCCAGAUUUCCCAACGUCCAUGAGCAAAAUGUGCUUAACAUUAUCAAGUUCGAGCAGCAUGUCAGAGAUAUGGGUGUGCAAAUAAGGUUCCUCAGCACUGAACGCUUUGGAGGUAUCUGUGAGCCGAGUAGAGAUUUCAGCAAGGUCUGCACUAUGCAUGCAAACUGUUGUAUCGGCUUGAAGAAGAAGAUCGAUGAUCUGAGAGCCAUGCUUGAUGACUGGAGAAAGUUCAUGUCUUCGCCAUCGGAUCAAAGGAUAUCUAGAAACUUUGCGUGGAGUGUGCCUCAAAGUUGCAGAUUGCCACCAGGCUUCUUCAGCAAGAAGGAAAAGAAGCCACAACUCUAAACAUUUGUCUAUAGCAUUCAUUCUCUCAUUCUUUUCCUACAACAAGACGGCAGCAAUGCAAGCUUCCGCGAAGUUUAUGAUAAAGUAGGGUGAUUUUAUUCGGAAACUUCAUUACUUCUUUGCUCGACCGAUAUCGAACAUUGUUGUAACCAUUAGCAAUACUUGAAAUCCUUGUGCCAUAACCUUUGCUGCUUAAUUUACAAGUUGACAUUAUUUUGCUGAAAGAUGAAAGUUUUCAGUGUU